CUUACCGCUCACAGUCGAGCCCUCCCUUACCAGUCCUGACUGUUCCAAACAAGACACUUGCUCCACUUUCACCCUUGUCCAACCUGGCUGCCAAACGCUCAGCCUUCCACCUCACCUCACCAGUCUCUCCUUUAGCACGCUCUCCAUCAAUCGAACUCUCUUCAGAUUCAUUUUCUGCAUUCUCAAACCAAACAACCAUCAGACACUCAAUCAGCUCAACUCUUUCCCGGAAAACAGAUUCCACAUUCUUUACCCCAACCCAAACCGCAGCCAUCAAAUCCCUCUGCUCACCCAUUACUUCAGACGCGUCUCUCUGGUCUACCCUUCUAGACUUGAAUAAAUACCCAGCUACACAUUCACCACAAGACGCACACGAUUUGGAAAUGGCAACGGUUGGUCUUUCAAUUGAACUAGCUGCCAACAACAUCAGUACGCACAACUUUGAUAGUCUGAUUCUUCAUCUAUUGUCUCAACUCCAUCGAUGGCAAGACAGCAAGGCAGAAAUUGUACCCACUUCAGCCUACAAUGCUCUGUUUUUGACACGCGUAUUUGCCAAACAUUUUGCAGGAAACCUGACAAAUCAACAAGUGAUUGAACAGUUUGAGGGUCGUCAACAAGCGCAAAAGAACAAUGGUGGCUGGAGCCCAGGACACUCUAGUCAGGCAUCAUUAACCCUUGAUGUGCAAAAGUUGGCUAUUCAUGCAGAUGUAGAGACAGACAGUCGGCCAAAAGGAGAGCAGCUUUUGGGCAGCCUCUUGUCAAUAUUAAUCAACACAGAUCCAAAUGUCAGCUAUUCAACCUAUGAAUUCUAUACAGAAGUACUUAAUAUGCUUCUUGUCUUGUUUUCGACUCAAUUGCAUCGUGCUCGUCUAUCUGAAGCCAAUUACUUUUUGGAUCUUUUGUCAGAGAAGUUUAGUAAUCGAUCGAGUACAAUUGUUGCCAAACUACUUGAAAACUUUGUAGAACAAAGGUCUCCACCUGCUCAAACAUCUAGUGUUGUAUACAGUGCAUACAAUUACUUUUUCUCAAGGUCAGGAUCAGGUUCAGAUGCGGAUGCAUUUCCGGUGGCAGAUCGAAGCUUAUUGUUGCUGUUGCUAUUGGGAAACCAAGCAAAACACUAUAUUCCAGUCUCUAAAGAAGGACCGCCAAUAUGGUCAAGUGCAUAUCGUAAUGCACUGUCUAGCCUAAGAGAUCAGAAUGCCAGGUAUUCUGACCUAGAGAAUGGAAAUAUAAAGGUCCAUUUGAUUUCAUUUAAAGAUCUAUUUGAAAUAUUCUGUCGGUCUUUGGGUGUAGAGGAGCGUAUGCUAUUAUUCUAUCUCAUCUUGGUCGAAAAUGAGUCAUUUAGGGUCUAUGUAUUGUCCAGAACAGAUCCAGAAACAAUCUAUAUUCCAAUCCUAAAGAUGAUAUAUGAAGCAAUCGAGGGCAAAACAAACUAUUCUCAGGUCUAUGUACUUUUGAUCUUUCUGCUGAUUUUUAGUCAAGACGAUGUGAAUAAUGAAACAAUCCAAAAAAUCUCUGUUGGUAAUCUGGCAUGGUUUACAGAACGUCCACUGUUAAAAUCAAUCUCCUUGGGUGGAUUAGUAUCCCUUGUAUUGAUCAGAACUCUUCAAUUGAAUUUGUCUCAUCAAAAGGAUAUAUAUUUUCACACGAAUUGUCUUGCAAUCUUGGCAAACAUGUCCACAUCCAUGCUAGAUAUGCAUGCCUAUGUAGCCCAGCGGAUUAUCAGUCUAUUUGAAUUGAUUUCUAAACGACAUCAAAAGGUUGUAAAUAAAUCACAGGCGUCUGGAGAGGCCUUACCUUACAAUGACAUUACAGUCUAUGAAGACCUCUUGUCACUUGUUCUGGAGAUCAUAAACUCUGUCUUGACCCACCGGUUGAAACAUAAUACCCAGCUAGUAUAUGCUCUAUUGUUGAAACGAGAAAUCUUUGUGCCCUUCAGACUUCAUGCACGACUCUCUGAACCGAUCAACAACAUCGAGCAUGUGAUCAAUUAUUUCCAUGCUCGAGUUGAAGAAGCUAACCUCAAAGCACCAUCAUCUGUUGAGGUUCUCGAUUUGAUUGCCCAAUCGGCACGUACAUGGUCUCCCAAUCGAUUAACAGUGCUGCCUGACCUGAAGUUUCAAUAUGAAGAAGAACAAGAUGCACACGAAUUCUUUGUUCCCUAUGUCUGGGCACUUAUCCACCGACGGACAUUUAUUUAUUGGAGUGAAGAAAAAGCACAUAUAUUGGAUGAGUAUAGACAACUAAACGAUCCUUCAGACGAUCCGGAUUUAUCAACCGAAAGAGCAGAACGGUAAAAUAAGGAAAUAAAGAAAUAAAACGCAAAUAAACAU